GUCGCUGCCUACUAAAAUUCUCUGUCCUUGUCUUAUCCAUUACGAAGAUGUGGAAAACGUUUGGCGGGUAAGGAUAACCGGGUUUUGAUAAUGGAUCGUUGAAGAUGUAAAAUCGUUUGUUAAAAGUUAUGGCUAACCGAAAAAGUUCAAACAGACGAUCUUCCAAGUAUAGUAAAGGCAGUGUUGGUUCCGACGUGUUAGAUCCGAAUACGGAUAUUUUGGGUGAUGAACAACCGUAUUGGUGGAGAAAUUUGGAAAAUAAUACAAUAGCACGACCGUCUACAGAUUCGACAGUUUAUAAUCAGACGAGUAGACGUUUGAAUUCUGAUUCGUCUAUAAGAACCAGCAAAGUGGACGAUGGCUGGUGGAAGAUAUUGGAAGGAACAACGCGUACUUCUAAAUCCCUCUCAAAGAAUAAAGAUCAAUUGAAAAAUGAUGCGGACAAUCGUGUAACAACAAUGUCAGAAUCGGACGAGGAAACGAUAAUUGCGAAAAGGAAACCUCAACUACAGACCAAAGCUAGGAAGACUCAAACCAACGCAUUCUUGAAUGCUUUGAACGACUCCAAGGAUGAAACUUUACCGAAAUCCAACUCUGCAAUUCGGAGGAAUACUUCUUCACGCGAAUCUGCGUCAGUAAAUCACAUGCCCAGCGAUGCUAAACAUUCGAACAAAAGCAAGGAAUUAAAUUUAAGUUCGAGUUACAGUUCGAGCGAUAUCGUGAAGACGAAGCCUAAAAUAUUUCGAAACAGACAGAGAACCGGUAACGAAAACGCGUUCGGCGAUGUAUUAAAAGAGAACAAGGAAAAGACACUGUCAACAAGGAAAUCAAUAAGAAUAUCGUCGGUGGACGCGACAGGACCAUCGUCCGAGACGAAACUUCCGGUCGCAGCCAACUCGCCUGUGAUUGCGCCAGGAGAUGCGAGUAAAUUACCCUUGCUAUCGGAGAACGAUCCGGAUCUCUCAAACAUCUCGAUACCAAAAGCCUCGAGCACGCAGCUCGGGACCAGUGCUUUCUCUCAACAAGACAGCACGAAGGACAGUAACAACAGCGACACGGAGCACAUCGUACUGAAGCCCAAGUCGAAACUGUUGAAGCGUCGCGGUAGACUCACGGAGCAAAAUGCUUUCGAAAAAGUCAUCGACGAAGAGACGUCUGACCGAGACAAAGAAGAUCACGACGCUCGCGAAUCAGCAAAAAAGGAGGCUACGCUACUUCCGGAAGAGGACAAGCCUGUCGACGCGAAAGUAACCAGCAACGCAGCCAAGAACGACUUGGACACAUCCAGCGACACAUCGGACACGAGUUCCAGCUUUCGCCGACCCUCGAGGUUGAAGUCCAAGUUCUUGAACAGACCACGAAGGAGUCCGAGGAAGAAUCCUUUCCAGAGGAUUCUCGAAACGAGCGAAGACUCUACUGCGGAUCUCUCCAAGAACUCUAGAAAGAGCAACCUGACGAUAGAGAAUGUGAAGAAUGCACAGGCGCAGAACAGACGCAGCAGUAGUGGCUUGGGUUCCCAGGAAGCGCGCUCGAGAAGCUCAAGGAUCUCGGAAGUGAGCGAUGUCGAGAUAAUAGGAAACAUUCCCGAUCAAACUUCGCGUUCUUCCAAAGAUGAAGGUUCAAAGUAUGGAAGCGUCAAAGAUACCAGUGUAAGAGAUCCUGUCUCCACGGUGGAAGGUUCCAAUGUCAGCGUCCAUCGGAGAAGCGUUCCACCGAGUCAAGAUGGAGCUGGAUCGAAGGGAGACGAUAGAAGUACAUCGCGUGGAACGCGUGCAUUACUGACUGACCACGAGGAAGAAGAUGGCGCGGUCGUUCCACAAACACCAGCUAAAUCGGCAGCGACUGAUUCCCCGCUGACACGCGCGAAGGAUGUUUCGAAGAGGCUGAGCGGAGAACCGAACGAUGCACCGAAUCCAGUAGAAACUUCGAUACCGAGGCAAGCCAGGAACUCGAGAGGAUUGCGCGAGAGACAGUCGACGAACGAAGGGAACGUAGAGGACGUCCAGAAUAAGAGUUCGAUCAGAUCCGGAAGUAAAGCGACGUCGUCCGCGGUCGAAUUGGAUGAUACAGAUGACGUCGCGACGACCGCAGAACACAAGCGCCUCGACGGAUCUCAAAAGCGACCGAUGUCGACGGACGUUUCGUCCACUCCGCGGAGGAGAACCAGACGUUUGACCGACUCACGGACGCAGUUGACUCCGACGACUUCAAACAAAGAGGCAGCGGAGCGAGACGAGACCGGUCCAAGACGAAGCCGGAGUUUCGAGAAGCUUCAGAGGAAAUCGUCGCUGCGCGUCGACGGUAUCGAGAAGACUGAGGAAUCGGUUCGAACUCCUUCGAAGAGGCAGAGCAAAGGUCAGGCACGAGAGGCAGGUGCAGCUGGCGAAGCAGAGAGUCCCACGCGGAGACGAAGCAACAGGUUCAGCGAGGUUGAGAAACAAUCUACGUCGCGCGUCGCUGACGAAAUGGAAAGAGGUCAAACGCCGAAGGGACGAGGCAGAAGUAGCAGUCGAACUGAGAAGCAAACGGCUCUAAAUGCUUCCAACAAGGAGCUGAAGGAGAUCGAGGACGCCUCGCCGAGACGGAGCAAGAGG